UCAGUGGGUGAGGGUCCAACCCAGAAAGAAGGAAGAAGCGUCUAACUGCAGCAAACUGAGCCCACUCCAAGUAUCUGCUACAUACAUCACCAAUGUACUGAUGACAUUGAGAAAAAUAAUGUGUGGAAAUGACCAUAUUAAGUAACACGGCUGAGUCACAGUCACAACAUAAAGCGAGUCAGACUUUUUAUGACCUCAAUAGAAACAAAAAAUAGGAAGAAACUAAGAAAAGAAAAAAAAGUGAUUGAUGAUUAAUGUCAGUAAAUCAUACCGACUAAAAUCCAAAGAGCUGUGGUGUGAAAGCAGCUGACUGGAAGUUUGAAAGCGCCCGCAACGCUCGAGCCGUUUCCUUCCUGAAUCCUUGCCCGGAGUGAGGGGCGUGUUCAGGCCUGUCACUUGGGGGUGUGGGGGGGGUGUUCUUGUCAGUAAGGAGUCUGUGACAGGUCCGGGAGGCAGGCGAAGGCGUGGCCUUGUCAGGAGAAGCAGCGCAACAUGCAGGUAGACCACAUAAAGCCUGAUCAGAGCAAAGAUCAGCAACAGUUUGGACUGCAACAAUGACACGGACUCUCCUGUUGCUGGUCGUCUUCCUGAACGCCUCGCUCAGGUCCUCGGAAAGCCACAAUCCAACCUUUGAAGUGGGGACAGACUAUGAGGUGGUUCGACCUGUCAGACUUCAUGCAGUCAGGAAAAGAAGCACAGAGUACGUCAGACCAGAGACGAUUAAAUAUGCAAUGACUGUUGGAGGAAGAGACAUUCAUUUACAACUUGAGAAAAAUAAUGAGUUACUAACCCGAGACUACUCAGAAACCUACUACCAAGAAGAUGGAACUCGGGUCACCACGAGACCACAUGAUGUCGAUCACUGUUACUACCAUGGAAAGAUUGUGAAUGACAGCGAGUCAUCUGCUAGCAUCAGUACAUGUGAGGGACUCAGGGGUUACUUCAGGACGUCUGAACAGCGGUACCUGAUUGAGCCUCUAUCUGGUGGCGACGAGGGUGAGCACGCUGUGACGACCGUAAACGACAGGAACUUGUCACCUGCAGUGUGUGGUGUUACAAACACUUCCUGGGAGGACGACAUGGAACCUCCAACAAGCCGGAGCCGCUCCAGAUCUGGGGGUCUUCCUGUUCUACUGCAGCAGAAAUACAUCGAACUCGUUCUUGUAGCUGAUAAUCGAGCGUAUGCAAAGAUGAACAAAGAUCAGACCAAGCUGAGACAGAGGAUAUUUGAAAUCGUCAACUUUGUCAACAUGGCAUACAAACCCCUGAAGACGUUUAUUGGUCUGGUGGGUCUGGAGGUCUGGUCUAAUACCGACCUGAUCUCUGUGACCAACCCCGCUAACGCCAACCUGGAGGCUUUCAAGAACUGGAGAAACUCCGAGCUGGCGAAACGGAUAAAACACGACAACGCACACCUCAUCAGCGGGAUCGACUUUGAAGGAGCCACUGUGGGUCUGGCUUACAUCGGGACUCUGUGCACUGACCACUCGGUCGGGGUCGUACAGGUGAGCUGGAGCUAACUGCUCCUGGAACGGUUUAAGGGACACAACUCCAGGUCUGCCCUACGGAUCAUUUGGAUCCAAAUUGUUUCCAGAUUAUUGAGACUGUGCUGCUGUGACGGUUGGAAAAGAAUGGAAUAUCAUGACUGGAAAAAUGUGGUAUUUUGAUAUAAAAAUGCUUGCCAACCCAGUAAUAUGAAUUCUCAAAUACUUCACUUCAGUCCUGACUAGAUAAUUUAAUUGAUGAUUUGAUUUGAAACCAAACUGCAGUAGUUUGGUUAAUAUUUCAGCAAAAUCUUCACAUGCGGAUACAAGAACCUAACUUGUCACAGAUGUUUCCUGGGGCUUGCUUUUUUUUUCCUAACAUUAGUGACUGAAAAUUUCAACAUGACCACCAGGAUUGUCAUGGGAAAAAAAAAAUCUCUAAAAUUGCCAAUUAGAUGUGUUUAGAGUCAAAACACAGCCUACUUGUUUUGUACCUUAGCAAAUGUAUAUUUUCUUGAUCUUGUGUUUCCUUUUUCUUGGGGCCAUUUUUUCCAAAAUGGCCGCCACAGAUUUGAUGGAGAACAAAUGUUUGCAUUAAAUCUGCAGUAGUUAUUGCCAGAUUGUCAGAAAUUUAGGUUCUCUAACCACUAAUUUGCUAAAAAAAAUAUAUUUAUUAUGUUAAUACUAUACUGCUACUC